AUGACAAGUCGGACUGACUUGGAAGCACGUCUCCAAGCUCUACGUAAUCCUAAACGACCAGCUAUUUCUCCAGCUCCACCUCCUUCUCUAUACACAUCUGCACGUACAAAUUGUAUAUCAAGAGGCAGUCUGCCCGUGUUUAUUGCUGUACAAGAUCUUUCCACGUGUUUUCCGACGUCUGUGGCACCUUCUCGAGCUCUGGAAGCCUCUCGAGGACAUGAUGAAGUGCUGCAAUUGACAGCCGGUCAAUUACUAGGCCCAGAGUAUGAAAAGGCCGUGAAAGUCGCACAAUACGCGAUGGAGACGGAGCGAAGACAGAUGCCACAUACUGCAAUUGAUGCGUAUAUUCAAGCAGGACAAAUGCUCAUUGAGAUUGGAAGACGACAAGCAGCACCACAUUUACAGGACAUUGUCAAAGCUAAAGCUCUGACGUUACUAGAACGAGCUGAAGGACUGUCAGAAUGGACGAAUGAUGUCUUGGCAAAGGAUUCGAGUCAACAGGCGCUUGCAGUAGCGUAUCAGCAGUCACAGCAGCAUUGUAAUAAAUUGCUGACGGACAAACAAGAGCUCGUAUUCAAGAUGCAACAGGAUAAUCGUCAUCUGAAGGAGAGAUUGAAUCAGUUGGCGUUGCUGACAAAGAUUCGAGGUCGUAUGGUCAAAGUCAUUCGGACUCGACGGGCACGGAAAGCGGCACAGGCGAAGGAGAAAGUGGAGAUGGAGAUGGAAACUGCAGCUCGAGCAACUCAUGAUAUUAUGAGUAGUCGCAGAGGAUUGAAUGAAGUGACUGGAGAUGUUUUUGAUUACUUGUACGAGGACAGAGAAGAUAUUCAUGGUGGACCAAAUGACGUCACAGGCUCUAGCUCGGAGGAAAAUGAGGAGCCUGGAGAAGAUUACCAACAGUACCAAACCCAUCCUGCCUCAGCGACAGGUAGGUCACCGCGGGACGUACAAAAAGUGGGGCUUAUCAAUGAGCUGCAUGAACGCAUUGGGCUUCCAAAGAUUGACCAAUUCCGCAACUUUGAGCCUCUAACAAACGAUCCAACCACCGACAAAAAGCAGGAGCAACUGCAGUCUGAACUGGAACUGGCUAAGCAAGAAGCAGAGAAGCUGCGAGCUGCUGUACACGAGAUGGAACGGUGCUUACAACUUGCUGCCGAGCAUUCCCAGCAGCGUUCGAUUAAAUUGGAGCAAGAAAAACGACAAGAUAGCUCUUUAAGUGGACGAAUUCGUUCUCUACGCAGUAGCUUUUGCAGCCAUCGAUCAGUGGCUUCAGAUCCUGGCAGUGGAGAGAUGAAAGACAAUGGAGUGAUGGAUCAGCUUCGAUCGUCAUUCCAUAAGGUGUUCCCUGGACAAACUGAAGAAUCGGAUGGUCGUGAGAAUGUUUGUCCUGAUCGCAGCGCAUUGAUUGAGCAUAGCACGUAUUCACAGUAUUCUCCACGUCAUACACGUAAGAGCAGCUUCAGUACCUCAGAAGCUUAUGACGUAGACGAGGUGGAGAUAGAAGAAGACGAGGAUGGUGGUGUUUGGCUCUAG